GCAGACAUUGACAACAGUGGUACAAUAGAUUAUGGGGAAUUUCUAGCUGCAACAAUGCAUCUGCACAAAGUUGAGAGGGAGGAUAAUCUCUUUGCAGCCUUUUCAUACUUUGACAAAGAUGGCAGCGGCUAUAUCACCUAUGAUGAACUCCAGAAAGCCUGUGAAGAGUUUGGGAUGAAUGAUGUCCAUCUUGAAGACACGAUCCGUGAAAUUGAUCAGGACAAUGAUGGUCGCAUAGACUACAAUGAGUUCGUAGAUAUGAUGCACAAGGGGAAUGUUGGUUUUGGCAAGGGUCAGCAAAAUUUAAGCUUUGGUCUUAGGGAUGCGCUGAAGAUUGGUUAAGGUAAAUAUUAGCACAUAUUUUUCCUCGUUAACUAUGAGAUUGUAACUGCUAUUUGCUGGCUUAUUUUUUUGGGAGCACGCUAUUUACUGCAUGAUAUAUUGAUUUACCUAAUGUUCUGUAAAAGAAUGAGUCUAGGAACCAUCUUAACUAGUUAACUGUGUCGAGGAAUUUUUUUAAUGACAUUUUUCUGAAUACAUGCACACAGCUUAAUGCAUGCACGCAUUUUUGGUCCCUUAUUCGCAAUC